UUGACUCUGUCUAUAUCAAGGAGCAGUUUAACGAUAGCCUCGUGUCCGUUCUCGGCGGCCCGCGAAAGCGGCGUCCGGCCAUGUUUGGCGUCUCUUGAGUCGGCAUCAACUUUCCCUGUGUCAAGAAGCAGCUUGACAACAGCCUCAUGUCCGUUCUCAGCGGCCCACGACAACGGUGUUAGGCCAUAUUCUGUAUCUUUCAACUCGGCAUCGACACUGCCUAUGUCAAGGAGCAGCUUAACAAUAGCCUCAUGCCCGUUCUCAGCAGCCCACAACAACGGCGUCAGACCAUAUUCUGUAUCUUUUGACUCGGCAUUUACUUUGCCUGUGUUAAGCAGCGGCUUGACGACAGCCUCGUACCUAUUCAAGACUGCCCACCACAGGGCCGGCGUCAGACCGUUUUUAUCCUUAGCUUCGGCAUCAACUUUACGUGAAUCCAGGAGCAGCUUAAUGACGCCCUCGUGCCUGUUUAAAGUGGCCCACCACAGAGGCGUCCGACCGUGCUUAGUGUCUUUCGAGUCGGCAUCAACUUUGCCUGUGUCAAGAAGAAGCUUAACGAUAACCUCGUGCCCGUUCUCGGCGGCCCAUGAAAGCGGAGUCCGAUCAUAUUUGGUGUCUUUUGAGUUGGCAUUGACUCUCCCUGUAUCAAGCAGCAGCUUGACGACAGUCUUGCGCCCGUUCUCAGCGGCCCACGACAGGGGCGUCCGACCAUGUUGA